AUGCAGUGCACCCAAAAAUUUUUGUUUUUCGACAUUUACAAGUUGAGAGGGCCCUUUGGCAAAUUUAUAUCGUGGAAAAGUUUUCAGAAACUUCAGUUGGCACUCGUUCUGACGCUUCAGUUUCAACAUUGGCACAAUAGCGUUGAAUACCUAAAUUUUUCUGCUUUGUGGUUAUGUGGUUGUGGUCCUUGUUGUAGAGGUACCAACAAGAAGAUUUAUGUUAAGAAUACUCACUGU